CUACUCAGUGAGGAGCAUCAGCUUGCCUGACUCCAACUGUAGACCAACAAUCACAUCAACGAUGGUUAUAUUCAACAUUCCAUACAAUGGCUGUGGCACGCAGAGACAGGGCGACAGCGAAACCAUCACCUACUCCAACGUGAUAAAAGUGUCUGCUCCUGGUUACACCAUCAAAAGGCAGAAGGACCUUCACCUCCAUGUCAGCUGCAAAAUGAUCCAGAACACCUGGGUGCAAGUAGUGUACACGGCCAAUGACAUCGCUGAUGUCAAUGAAACCCAGUAUGGCAGAUACAACGUGGACCUGGCAUUCUACAAUUCCUCAUCUUUCCUGUGACCGGUGCAGAACUUCCCAUACUACGUUGACCGGAAUCAGAAUUUGUUCCUCCAAGCAUCUCUUCACAGCUCUGACCAAAAUCUGAUAGUGUUUGUGGACACCUGCGUGGCAUCACCGGAUCCCAGUGAUUUUAGAACGACGACCUAUGAAUU